AGCUUAUUGGUUCGCUGGCGGGGGAAGCGAACGCCGUGAGCAGCGAUGGCUGAGAUCAUCCACAGGGAGCCGCCCUGGCAGGUGAACAAAUGCGCCCAGGGCAUGUACUACUACAAUGAGGCCACCGCGGAGUCCACCUGGACACAGCCCCGGGAGCUGGAGGGCUGGCAGCAGCGCCAGGCCGCGGCUGCGCCCGGUGCGCCCGCGCCGGCGCCGGCGGCGACGCCGGCCCCACAGGCGCACCCUUACCCGGGUGCUCCAGGCCCAGGCGGUGAGCAGCCGCCGCCGCACUAUCCGCCCAUGCACCCACCAGGAGACCCAGCGCAGGGCUACCCGCACCUGCCGCCUGGCUACCCGCCCCCGGGCCACUACCCGCCGCCCGGCCAUUACCCGCCGCACGCGUAUCCUCCUCCGGGCUACUAUCCGCCUCCAGGCUACCCAGCCCCGGGCCACUUCCCGCCGCCGGGCCACUACCCGCCGCCUGGGGCCUAUCCCCCACCAGGCUAUCCCUUCCCUCCGCCGGGCUACCCCGGUGCCCCGGGGGCGCCGAUGCCGGGGAUGCCGGGGAUGCCGGGCAUGCCCAUGCCCGGCGCCCCCGUGCCCGGGGCGCCCAUGCCCGCACCCGAGCCAAAGCGCGAGCGCUCGCGGUCCAGAGGAGGUGAGAAUGGUCGAAAGCGAGGAGGCGGUGGCGGCGGAGGCAGCUUCAACGAGUGCUACGCCUGCGGAGAGUCUGGCCAUUUGGCGCGGGACUGCCCCAACAAGGGCAAGGACGGCUUCAGAGAAAUGUGUGGGGACUUCCGGCGGGGCGAGUGCAAGCGCGGUGACAACUGCCGCUACUCCCAUGGCAGUCGGCGCUAGGUCUAGGAUGGCGUCUAUGAAGCAGCCGGGCAGUGAGUCACCGGUACGUGGGGCACGUGCCGGUGUUCUUUCGCGUGGCCGGCCGGGCAAAGAGGAUUUCCCUAAACCUGU